CCCUCCUCCCUCAGUCAGCUGUCUUCAGGCAUCUUGUUUGCAAACAACCAGGCUCCGUCCGCGGGGUCCGUGGUGUCCGCUGCGGCCCCUCCACCACCUCCACCCUCCUCCACCCCCGGGGGUCCACCUCCACGAUGGGGGAACCCGACGAGAGCGAGAUCAUCGAGGAGCACCGCGUCGAGGAGGAGACGGAGGCGAAGGGGACGAGGAGCGUCGCCGCGUCCUGCUCCUCGUUCCCGGGCAGCGUCAGCGCGUCCGACCGGCUGCUGGGCCACAGCAGCACCCAGUCCUCGCACCGCCUGCUCGCCUACAGCGACGCCCUCAUCUCCAUCAUCGCCACCGUCAUGAUAUUACCUGUUGCCCAUACAAAGAUGGAAGAUGAUGAGGAGUUGCGGCAGAGCGUCCAGCUCCUGCUGACGACGAAGAUCGCCGUUUACCUGAUGACGUUCCUGAUCGUGACAGUUGCCUGGGCCGCUCACAUCAGGUUAUUCCAGGUGAUUGUGCGGAUCGACGAUUGCCUCGCCUUGCUGAACCUCGCCUGCAUGAUGCUGAUAACCUUUCUGCCCUACACAUUUUCUUUAAUGGCGACUUUCCCCGAGAAUAUCCUGGGGAUUCUUCUCUUCUGCGGUUGCGUGAUGGUGAUCGGUGUCAUUCAGUCGGUGAUUGUGUUGUACGCCUUCAGCCGCCCCUUCCUGCUGAGCGAACACGUCCAGAUCUCGGAGAACCAGACCUUCUACAAACACCACAUCCUCAAGGUCAUCAUGCGAGUUCCCCUCAUGUGCCUCUUCGCCAGCAUCUUCUCCUUCAUCUUCUUCCAGCUGUCUUACGUGCUGCUGGCCAUCGUCAUCUUCCUGCCUUACAUCUCCCAGUGUUUGAAGUGGUGUCGCAGCAAAGCAAUCGGUCAGGUGGACGAGUCUCCAGAGUCCAUGCUGUUCUACACCUACCUGCCCAACGAACCGCUCAGCAAGGAGCGAGUGGAGGCUUUCAGUGACGGCGUUUAUGCCAUCGUAGCAACGCUUCUCAUCCUGGACAUAUGCGAGGACAACGUUCCGGACCCGACCGUCGUGAAGGAGCAGUUUGGCGGCAGCCUGGUCGCCGCCCUGCAGGUUUACGGUCCGGAGUACCUCGCCUACUUCGGCUCCUUCGCCACCGUCGGCCUCCUCUGGUUCGUCCACCACUCGCUCUUCCUCCACGUCACCAAGACGACGCGCUUCAUGGGCCUGCUGAACACCUUCUCGUUGGCGUUCGUCGGAGGUCUACCGUUGGCCUACCAGCUCACGCACGAAUUCCCGCGCAACUCCCGCAAUGAGCUGGAAGCCAUUCAGAUCAGCUGCGUGAUCAUUUUCUUCGCAGGCAUAUUUCAGCUCUGCAUUUGGGUGGCCGCGCUCUACAACGAACAGGAAACCCUGCACCCUUACGUGCGGUACGGCGGACGCGAACACGCGUUCAUGCUGGCUAAGCUAGCUCUGUACCCGUGCGUGGCUCUAGGGACAUUUUUCCUGACGUGUAUUCUGAGCAGAUUUAGCGCCUCCAUCUUUCACCUGAUGGAGAUCACGGUGCCUUUUGCCUUUCUCGUGUUGAGGCUGCUGGUGCGCGUCGGGCUCGCGCUUCUACGGCAGAUCUUCUGUCCCGAUCGGUCCGACCUGAGGACCGUCGUAGAGGAGGAUGAUGACGAGGCAAGAGUGCCGUUCAACGCCGUGGUUACCUAGCUAGCUUCAGCUGGAGGGAAGUGGCAGAGUUGUGAGGCAGUGUUGCUAAAAUACUAGGUUUCUGAAAGAGUUGGAUGCGACCUCUUCGUUAGGAACCUGUUGGGGUUUGAAUCAGGAACAAGAUGGAAAUUGGUUUCUUCUCAUUUGGGCCUUGAAAGUGGUUCAGAUCUUAAAGGGAAUGUGGUACUAGUAGUACCACAUGGUAGAUCUGGUAGAGGUGAAGGAAACUCUUGGUGGACCAGAGUAGAGAAGGAUAAGGUUAAGGGUUACCCAUCUACUAAUUCAGUCAUUGUAAAAAGAAGGAUAUGCUGAUGCUAGAUUUGAUUCGCGACUAAUCAACAAUCAUUUUAAAGCAACCAAAAGGUUCUUUUAAAAUAUCCUCAAAAACCCUUAGAUGUUAUUUGGAGCUACAAAUCUGAUGGUACAUGUGCUACCAAUCACCACGUUUCAACCCGUUUUUAAAGAAUCAAAUAACUAAUUCAAAAACAAACGUACCAGAAUAAUGAACAAGAUCUACCUGAGAUGACAGAAACCAUCUUUGGGACAUAAAUAUACUUUACCUUUACGUUAACUUUUUGGUUUGGCCCAUGGCCCAUCUGUUACCAUAGAGUAGGCGGGGUUGAGACAUAUUGCAGCAGGCCACUAGGGGGAGAUCAAGAGGUUUUGGCUUCACUUUUGGGGAACUGCCAUGUCGUCCAUCUUUAUAAACUGUGUAUGGCCAAAAUCGAGAAUGGAUAUUUUCUGUUUUCAGGCUUAAAAUCAUGUAACUAGUUCACGACUAAGCUAAUUAUCCGAUCCAUCCGGGACUUGCAGGUUCAAAAGAACAGAAAAAAACUGGUAUGGUUGGAAAUCAGUUCAUGUUCAGACACAUUCAGCUGCUGGAUGUCCUACAUGAGCUGAAGGCUUAAUUACUUGAAGUACUUUGCUCAAGGGCACGACAAGAGAAGGUUUUCUGGGGGGAGGGGGUUUCUGUCAAGACUUUUGGCUAUAUAUACGUUUGCGUCGAUCUCUUGUCAAACAAGCAUGAGCUUACGUCUGGUGUGUUGGGCACUUUAAACAUUAUCCUGAACGGGUAACUUUGCGAUACCAUUUCAAAUUGCACUACUUUUGAUUCAGAUAUAUUUGUGUGUUAUAACCAACUGGAAUGAAAUCUCACCUUUUCAAACUUGUCACAAUGUCAUGCUUCUCUCGUAUUAUCUUAUAAUAUGAAGACUGUAUAUUUGAAAGUAUAAAAGGGCCAGAUUCUGAAGGGUUGUUGUUCAUUUUUCAGUUUCAGACGUUUAAGUCUUCUUGAAAAUUCUGAUUUUAAAGUUAUGUCCACCCAAUAUUAUUUAAAACAUCAGAACUUGUAUGGAGAGGUGUGUACAUUUUAGAUUUUCCGUCCGGGGGUUACUGAUAUUUCUGUCCUGACAUCCUGCUAUGAUCAUAUGCUGUGCUACGAUGUGCUUUAUACUGACUCAAAUCUGAGAUGCACUUUAAUGGAGUAAUGUUGACAAGGGCCAAAACAACACUGAGUUUGGAAGAAAAGAAAAACAUAAUUCAACAGUUUUUUCUUGUGAAAAAAACUGUUGGAAUUAUCUGGGGGGUUUUUUCUUCCAAACUACCAGAAAAAAGUCUCCUGGCUUCAAAUGUUGGCGGGUGACCAGCUUGUUUGUUAUGGUUUGGACAAUUGACAUUUCAUACUUUGCCCUUUUUUUGUAGUUAGUCAUGUUUUUAGUUUGUCUGUUGCUCAGCAGCUGCUUUCAUUUAAUGUUAUAUCUUUAGCAUUGAGUAAUUAAGGAUUUUUAUAUAUAUAUAUAUAUAUUUAAUUUGUUUGCGAUUCAUUGUGACUCUGGAUCCGAAAUAAUGAAGACAACAUUUUUCAACGCGAGCAACUGUAUUUGGUUAUUUUACAAAUCAUAUUUUCCUUGUUACCGAGUCCUACAGACAUGUUGCUUCUUUUCAGUCCCAACAAUAGCAGCACGAUCUUUAGAAAUCCUUAUUUUUUUCAAAAAAUUAUCUUUAUCGUCACUCCUCCAACAUAUUGAUGUUCAUUAAGGUCGGUGGAGACAGAUUUCUUCUGUCAAAGCUUCGAUGUGUGUGAUGUUUGUUGUUGUUGCUGCAUCUGGCUCUUUUCACGCGUCACAUCGUUUUGUGAAUAAAUGUGAAGUUGUUCCUUUUGA